AUUCGAGCAUUGGUUCCUACAGCAGAACAUUUGACACAGUGCGUCUCGCGCCCGCUGUUGUUAGUGCGAGGCAGUUGGCAUAACUUGUCAGGAACGCGCGCAUAUCCAUGAACUUAGACAUUUCUCUGGCGGGAAAGUGAUUUCACGUGCAUGCUGCUGUUUAUUCCAAGUCAAUUCACUGGAGGAAUGUGGGAAUGUGGCGUAAAGGCGCGUCUUGACGCUCCCAUUGAAACAAGUGGAGUGCGCACAAGAGGUUACCAAAUAAUGCAUGUGUUAUUGAUUGACGGAUCUGUCCACGCUCCCGCGCAACCAUCAUUUCUCUUUUCAUAGAUUCCAUACCUGCUUAUUCUUGACUUUGACAAAAUGACUGUGGAGUUAAAUAACUUGACGUCACUCUUGAAUAAUGUGACCGAGCUUCAAAACCAUACGAGAGGAUGCUCGUUAACCAAAACUGGUUUUCAGUUUUACUACUUACCAACCGUGUACAUUAUCGUGUUCAUCACGGGAUUUAUUGGUAACAGUUUGGCCAUAUGGAUGUUCGUGUGUCACAUGAGGCCAUGGAGUAGCAUCUCCGUGUAUAUGUUCAAUUUGGCGCUUGCGGAUUUUUGUUACAUACUCUCGCUUCCUUUUCUCAUUAUAUAUUACUUUAAUAAAACGGACUGGAUAUUUGGAGACGUACUAUGCAGACUGCAAAGGUUUAUUUUCCACGUGAAUCUCUACGGGAGCAUCUUGUUCCUGACGUGCAUCAGCGUGCACAGGUAUACCGGCGUGGUCCAUCCUUUGAAAUCACUGGGAAGGCUCAAGAAGAAAAACGCGGUGCGCACGGUCGCUCUCGUGUGGCUCGUUGUAGUGCUUGGAAUCUCUCCGAUCCUCUAUUACUCGCGCACGGGUCCCAAGAAAGGAUACACGACUUGCUACGACACCACGACGGAGGACGAGCUGCCCGGUUACUUUGUAUACAGUAUGUGCAUGACAGUGUUUGGCUUCUGCAUCCCGUUUCUUAUAAUCCUGUGCUGUUAUGGAGGUAUCGUCAAGGCGCUCAUUUACAACGACAUGGACAAUGCCCCACUGAGGAAGAAAUCCAUUUACCUGGUCAUCAUCGUUCUCACAGUGUUUGCCGUCUCCUAUUUGCCCUUUCAUGUCAUGAAGAACCUGAACAUGAGGGCUCGGCUGUACUUCCAGAGUCCAGACAUGUGCAGUUUUAAUAAUAGAGUGUAUGCCACUUACCAGGUGACAAGGGGCCUGGCCAGCCUUAAUAGCUGUGUGGACCCUAUUCUAUAUUUCCUGGCUGGGGACACAUUUAGACGCAAGCUCUCCAGAGUCACCAAAAAGGCCUCCAGAAAAGGAGAUUAUCCUAUCCAGUCCAAGAGCGAGGAGACGGCGCUUAACAGCCUCCCAGAGUACGUCCAGAAUGGGGACAAUGGUGCCUAAAAGUGUUUAGAGAAACGUGUUUUACAUGAAAUGCCAUCUGUAAUACCUGUGUAUUGUGAAUUAAAAACAUUCCCUUAGAUUGAUGGGAUUCUUUAUAGAUUUAAAAUGUGACUCUGCCUGUGAAAACCAGGCUAAAGUUUCAUAUGAGAUAAUAAGCAUAAAAGUUUGAAAGUUUUAUUUCAACCAUUAAAUUUCCCCGUGAUUUCAAUCUUUUACAUUGCCGUAUUCAGUCAAUAUUAAAGAUGUCAAGGAUGUCUGUUUUACAGAAAGUUCUUUUCAUUAUAUAUGAUGAUUUUACGUAUAAAACAGUAAAUCACGACUAGCUGCGUUCUCACAGACAGGGUCACACAUAUUAGAAAUCAAUGUACUGUACUCUUGUCAGUGUUACUCAUUUAUUACUUUUGCAGAGUAUGUUAUUUCAUCAGCGUGAUUUUUUGUGAAAAAAAAAUGAAACAAAACUGACUGCUGUGUAACUUCAAAACUAAAACUGAACAAAUGAAUGAGCUAUAUAUCACUAACCAACUGUUUAAUUUAAUAUUGACAAUUAGAUUAAAAACAAUAAGCACUGUUUCCUAUUUGAGAAUGCUUGAAUGACACACAGCACAUAUUAGUCCCUGUGUUGUGUUGGUUCUCAGUGAAUAGUUAAGAUGCACUAUAGGUUAAAAAUAAAUAACUGUGUAAUUGUCUACCUGUGGACUAGUACAUUUAAGGCAUCCAGGUUUCUUCUGACUUAGAUGUAUUUAUUUAGAUUAUUGCGCUGUUACUGUAUGAAUGUAAUGUUUAGAUCAUGUGGAUUUCAGCCUAUUAUGAAGGGACUAUUAUAUUCAAAUGAUCUGUAUAAACUAUGUAAAUAUUGUAACGGAGAGCAGGGCACAACAUCACGCUUUUUGGUUUUGGCUCAAUCAUUAAAAAACAUUGAAGUAAGAUUAAUCAUAUUUUUACAUAAGCACCACACACAUCUCUACUACAAAUGAAUACAUUAAUUUUAGUCCUGGACUAGACUUAAAGGAAUAGUUCACCCAAAAAGGAAAAUUCAUUCAAUAAUUACUCUUAUGUUGUUACAAACCUGUAUCAAUUUCUUUGUUCUGAUGAACACGAAGGAAGAUAUUUUGAGGUAUGUUUGUAACCAAACCAUUCAUGAGCCCCACUCACUUUCAUAGUAUUAUUUUUCCUAAUAUGUAAGUGAAUGGGGCUCAUGGUACAACCAGACUCUCGUACAUUCAUUUAAUUUGUACAGAGAGUCUGGCAACGCUCCAUUGCAAAGCGUUACUUCCGUUAUGGAGGGUCCUCUGUUGAAGUUAAAAACUAUUGGAUCUGCCCAGAGUCUCUCAGAAUCUGCCAUAGCCAAUCGCUAACGUGUAGUCGUGACAUAUAUCAUGUGCCGAAACCGUCCGGAAACAAGAAGUCCGAAAGAUCAGACCAACAAAACUUAGCAAACAUUGUUCUUGCUCCGGCUUUAACUUUUGUAUAUUCGGCAGUGUUUGCAACAACGGACCGAAUAGCUUUUCUCACGUCUUUCUCCGCUGCCAUUACUGACUUACAACUCAAACUGACGCACAACCUCAACGUCAUCGUUUUUAGCCAUCUCCCUCUGUUCGCUGAUUGGACCUGCAGAUUUUUGCAGGAGAAAACGAAACUCUACAGGGCAGUCCCAGACGUAGUGCUGAAGCGAAAUGAAAAUUAAGCGGAAGCACGUAGGAGGGCGGAGUCAGGCUAGCUCAUGAUGUGCUUUAUUUACAAACAUUCCUCAAAAUAUCUUCCGUCAUGUUCAUCAGAACAAAGAAAUUGAUACAGGUUUGUAACAACAUAAGAGUGAGUAAAUUAUGUCAGAAUUUUCACUUUUGGGUGAACUAUCCCUUUAAGCCCUGUCCGGGAAACCGCCCCGUAAAGUUUUUUUGUAGAACCUACACUCUUAGAACGAAUGUGUUAAAAACAACACAUUAGUGUUGAUUGUGGGACGACACACUAAAUGUGUUGUCCCAGAAUUCACCCAUCACUGUGUUAUUAUUGAAACAACACAUUUUGUGUUACUUUUAACACAACUUGCGUUAUAUUUUAACACAAAUUCAACACAAAAUGACACAUAAUGUGUUAAAAUUACACAUUAUGUGUUAAAAUCUUAACGCACAAAGAUGUGUAAAAAAUUAACACAUCCUUUCUAAGAGUGUACCAUUCUUAUACAAUUACACUGAAGGUGACAAAAGUGCAAAUGUUACAACUUACUCAAAAUGUUGGGUUUAAUAGUAACAGACAGAUGGUUUGUUGUAACACUUGCUAGAAAAUUGUAUUUAAACACAAAUAAUUCAAGACUAUUCUGUCUAGCGUAUAUCCACUUAUAGGCCUACAUCCAUCCCUUACUCUUUAUCCAAGCAUCCUUCCAUUAUGCAUCCAUGCAUGUUGACAUAUAUUUUUUGAAAGGGCCACACAAUUGCCUAGAACGCAGGUAAAUGCUUCUUUAAGCGCUUUUAUAUUUAAAUAAACCUGCAAAUUUACUAGGAAAUGACGCAAUUUACGUGUAUAUUUACAGCUGGUCUAUUCGCACUGGAUUAGUAUUACCUGAGGUAAUUUCUCCUGACCUUUUUACAGAAGGUAAAACUCGUCGUAAUCUUUACUGACAUUGUCUGUAAUGAUUACUGACAUGGAGCAUUCAGACUGGACUAAAAUCACUGAGAAGCUCUGAUAAAAAUUGCUUUACCCCACCUCCCUAUGUAAAACUAAUCCCGUCCGAAUAGUACUAUAGUUGUAACACAGGAAAAACUGCUGUGUAAAAAUGUUUUUGAUCUCAACUAACAGUUAUGAAUUGUUGACAUGUUUUAAAAUGGUGUUUUAAGUAAAUAUAUAAUAUAGAUAUCUACUUUCAUGGCUCCAAAACACUCUUUGUCUAGUAUCCUAACAAAAACGCAUAAAACUUCACAAAUUUACAGGAGAUUGUCUUCUAGAGAAAAAGACCAAAAGCACAGAUUGUUCAGCCCUGUGUAACUAUGUAAAAUAGCGUUACGUUGUGCCACGCUCUCCCAUAUUUCAUCUUAAUGUCCUGUGGCAUUGUGGCAAAAAAUACAAAGACCUAUCUGUAAAAUU